UGUAACAUAUGAAGUAAAUAUGCCGCUAAUUAUUUUGUAGCCAAGUGAGGAACCUCAACACCACUGGAAGUUGACGGACCCAAAUUGUCAACUGAGGGAGCGUUUCACUUGAUUCUGGUGAACGGGUUAUUUGCCUUUACCGAAAGCUGAGUACCAUUCCAUGCUGAAGGAUAGAGUCCCGAUUUGCCUGAUGUCAUCAGUCGUAGCCCCAGAAAAAAACCCUUCUAAUGCUACGGGUCCCAAAGAGGUGGAGCUGAUCCUUGUGAAGGAGCAGAAUGGGGUCCAGUUCACCUCCACCACUCUCGUGGCUCCGACCACGACUCAGACCCACCUCAGCGGUGAGGAGGAAAGGGAAACCUGGGGAAAGAAAAUUGACUUCCUGUUAUCAGUGAUCGGAUUUGCGGUGGAUCUCGCCAAUGUCUGGAGGUUCCCUUACCUCUGCUACAAAAAUGGAGGAGGUGCUUUCUUGGUGCCGUACCUGUUCUUUAUGGUGAUAGCAGGCAUGCCUCUCUUUUACAUGGAGCUGGCUCUGGGACAGUACAACAGGGAGGGAGCUGCUGGGGUCUGGAAAAUAUGUCCCAUAUUCAAAGGUGUAGGAUUUACGGUGAUCCUCAUUUCCCUCUACGUUGGCUUCUACUAUAAUGUCAUCAUCUCUUGGGCUCUAUUCUACCUCUUCUCCUCGUUCACUGCUGAGCUCCCCUGGGUGCACUGCAACAACACUUGGAACAGCCCAAAUUGCUCCGACUGGGCUGACAAUAGCACAAUCAGUGACAUUUACAAGGCCACUCCAGCUCAAGAGUACUUUGAGCGAGGAGUGCUCCACAUUCAGGACAGUAGUGGAAUUGAUAACCUGGGUCGUCCACGUUGGCAGUUGACUUCCUGUCUCGGUGUGGUCAUAAUUCUGCUUUACUUCAGUCUGUGGAAGGGUGUUAAGACGUCUGGCAAGGUUGUGUGGAUCACAGCCACCAUGCCCUAUGUGGUCUUGACUGUGCUGCUCAUCCGAGGAGUCACCCUGCCUGGAGCCAAGGAUGGCAUUAAGGCCUACCUUUCUGUCGACUUCCUGAAACUCUGUGAUGCCAAGGUUUGGAUCGAUGCCGCCACGCAGAUCUGUUUCUCGCUGGGAGUUGGGUUUGGUGUGCUAAUCGCCUUUUCCAGCUACAACAAAUUCAGCAACAACUGCUACAGGGACGCCAUCAUCACCAGCUCCAUCAACUCUUUGACCAGCUUCUUCUCUGGCUUUGUUGUGUUCUCCUUCCUUGGCUACAUGUCAUACAAGCACAACGUGGCUCUGGAAAAGGUCGCGAGAGACGGGGUUGGAUUGGUGUUUGUUAUUUACCCAGAAGCCAUUGCCACAUUGCCUGGGUCGUCAGUGUGGGCAGUAAUCUUCUUCAUCAUGCUCUUGACACUCGGCAUUGACAGUGCUAUGGGUGGGAUGGAGUCUGUCAUUACCGGUCUGAUUGAUGAAUUCAAAUGCCUCCACAAACACAGAGAGCUGUUCACCCUCUUCAUUGUGGCAGCCACCUUCCUCAUCUCCCUCUUUUGUGUUACAAAUGGUGGAAUAUACGUGUUUACUCUGUUGGACCACUUUGCCGCAGGGACGUCCAUUCUGUUUGGAGUGCUUAUUGAAGCUAUCGGUAUUGCGUGGUUUUACGGAGUGGACCGUUUCAGUGACGAUAUUGAGGAGAUGAUCGGUCAGAGGCCAGGCAGAUACUGGAGAUUGUGCUGGAAAUUUGUCAGCCCCUGCUUUCUCCUGUUUAUGGUGGUCGUGAGCUUUGCAACCUUCAACCCCCCCAACUAUGGCACCUAUAUGUUUCCUCCCUGGGCUAAUGGGCUGGGAUGGUGCCUUGCCAUUUCAUCGAUGACCAUGGUGCCCCUUUACGCCAUCUACAAACUUUGUAGCCUACCUGGAAAGUUUUGUGAUAGACUGGCUUAUGCCAUCACCCCAGAGACAGAACAUCAUUUGAUAGACAAUGGGGAAGUUCGUCAGUUCACACUUCAGCACUGGCUGGUUGUCUGAAUGUGAAAAUGUAUAUGAAGGAAUGGUGGAGGAAUGCAUGCACAGCAAAGUUCUGAAAUGUGAUUAAGUGAGAGGAGGUAAGCCUCGAAACCAGGAGAAGAGUGCCAGGAAAAAAAAAAUCCUGUAAGGAAUUUUAAGUGUGAUUUUCAUUUCAACUGCAUGUAUGAAGCUGUGUGUAAACCCAUUUUGGUUUGACAUCAGUGAACUGGAAACUGGUAGUGUGGUGUAGAACCUGCAUCUUCUCAAAAUAUAGUAGUCCUCAAAACGAUGCUUUUUAACUUCAACAUGUUGGUCAUCUUAACUUUUCAUACAAUAGGUUAACUUCGUCCCAUCUUACAUAAUGACUACAAUGUGAGGUAGAGAUAAACAGUGCUAAACUCACAGUGGGAUACAAAACACUAUUUUAAAUAUUUGCAGUUGCAUGCACUGUAAAGUAUCCCAUUUUCUGAACAAGAAACAAAAUAACUGUUGGCAUUUGAAGUGUUGAUGAGGUUGAUUUUAUUUGAUUUCUUAAAUGAUCAAAGUAAGCAUGAUGAAAUGGUAAAGGUAUUCACAAUUGAGGGUCGUAACAUCAAAUGUGGAUUAAAAUGUUCAGAAAUGUCUCCAUCAAGCCUACAUCAUAUUUAUCAAAUUAAAGUACUGUCUUCUUUUAAUGACUGUUAAAGCACAUGCAACACCUGUUACUUUCAAAUAUUUCAAAGAAAUUUUUACGUUAAACGGCCUCACGGGAGAUGCUGCCGCUGUUAUGAAAGCGCUAUAUAAAUCAGCAUGUAUUGUAUUAUUCACGUAAAACAACGCUAACAAUACUUUCAAAAAAGCAUCACUCAGCUAAACUCAAGAACACGGCUUUGGUAUUAAAAAAAACUAGCUGGAUGACAUAAAAAAUCGAUCGGGUAACAAUGAACAAAGUACUGUUUUUACUCUAAGAUUAUAGAUUAAUGACAAGAUGAAAUAUAAGCUGCAAUAUAAUCAUGAGAAAAUUACAAUCAUGUGAGGGUGGGGGGGGCCUAUUUAUUGUUUUACAAAAAAUAAAAUCUGUUGUUACGAGACAAAUAGGUUGAGCACUGCUACGGAGCUUGUCAAGUUCCAGUUUUGUAUGUUUGGAGCAUCAACACCAUUAAUAAGUAGACCGUUUAAUCGGAAUUUUAUCCUGAGUAAGAAUGAACGAAGAUUGGCUCAUUUGUGGGUUAGUCGCAUAAAGAUUCAUAACCCGACUGUUAUGUCAACAUUAAAAGAAAAAUUCCAUUAUUCUAACAUGGAAUGUUGUAUACAGAUUUUCACUGAGUCAAUAUAACUCUCGCAUCCACCAGACUGUUGAUUUAAACAACCAAAGACUCUGGAAAAACUCUAAGAUUUAACCCCAACUGAGCUACAAUAUUCUCUUGGUUAAUUAACGCGUAUACUGUCAAAUUACAGAUGGGAUAUAUAUAUUUCAAUCAAAACAAGCGUGAAGCUUUAAUUUUACUCAUCGAAUAGCAAUCUCAAGACUGUUUCAAGGCUGCUCUUUGUUAAUCUGCAAAUGGAUGGCGUAAUGUGUAAAUUAUGAGGUUUGUUAUUCAUUAAAGAUAGUAGGUAGGUAGCCUAUCAUGUUCAUGUGUUGAGAGAUUUUAUUGUAUUGCGUUUUAUGAUAGAUGUCAAGUCAAUUUAUGGUAUAUGGCAUACAGUACAAGCGAUGUUGAGUCUGUAUGUAUGUAAGUAUAAAGUAUUGACUUUGUUACCGUGAAGUUGAUACAUAUUAGCCUUAUGGAUCUCAAUGACAAUUACAUGGAUAAUCCAAAUAUGCUUUUGUCUGACCUAAAGCAUGAAUUUGUGCUUAAAGUAUUUCACCAAUGACUUGUGGUUUAACAUUGUGCUGCAUUCAGUCGACACAUUAAAGGCUUCAAAAGUC